AACACACACAACACACUAAAGUUCACACUUCCCAGCCCAGAAAAAACGCGCAGAACACGCACUCAUUCUAAGAGAAAGCACCUAAAGUUUGGUAUACUUUUUGAGUGUAUGCUUUAAUGUUUAGUUUUGUUUAAGGAUCGAUUUUUUUAUAUACUGACAGCGUAAAUCGUGAAAACUAAAAAUAACCGACUACCAUAAAGUUCACCCCGCCGGAGAAUCAUCGUCGUCAUUGGAGCAGCCAGCGAUGGCCACCACGGUGAAGAGGCCGGAAAAGAAAUCAUCUGAAGCGCCACUACUUCCUGCAGGAUCGGCGCAAUCGUCAUCACCGUCCUCGCCACCGCCAGCUGAGAAGCCGUUGCCCGCACCUCCGGGAACUUAUGUCAUCCAGGUUCCAAAAGAUCAGAUAUUCAGCUACCCACCACCUGAGAAUGCCAACAACUUUCAGAAGCUCUCUAGCCGGAAGCCUCGCCGGAGCUGCUGCCGGCUUUGUGUAUGUUACACUAUUUUUGUCCUCUUUCUUGUCAUCGUUGCCGCGGCUAUCUCCGCCGGUGUACUCUACCUCGUUUACCGGCCAAAAGCACCGAAGUACGCCGUCCUAGAUGUGGCAAUACGAGGACUGAACUUGACGUCACCAUCAGCCAUGUCGCCGGAGUUUGACGUCAGCAUCCGAGCUGAAAACCCAAACAAGAAAAUCGGGAUAUAUUACCUAUCGGGGAGCGAGAUUCAGGUCUCUCACGGCGACGUUGGAUUAAGUAACGGCGCUUUGCCGGUGUUUUAUCAGCCGUCGAAGAAUGUAACGGUGUUUCAAACGGCGUUGAAGGGGUCCGACGUCGUUCUUUCUGACGAUGUCAGAUUGGCCAUGGCCAAUGAGCUGAGGAAAGGGAACGUGCCGUUUAGAUUGAACAUUAAAGCUCCCGUUAAGAUCAAGGUUGGCUCCGUUAAGACUUGGAAGAUCACCGUUAAGGUUAAGUGUGACGUGGCCGUGGAUGCUUUGAACCAGCAGUCCAAGAUCGUUUCCAAAGAUUGUGAUUACAGUGUGAAAUUAUGGUAGAAACUGAUAAUAUGAUAUGAUUAGGAGACUUUUUGCUAUUUUGUAAAGAUAAUUUUUGUAAUACAAAAUCACUCAAAUAAUUUGCAGUUUUGUAAUUUGUAUACAUGUUAAAAUUCCAAUC